GUACCAGGCCUAUUCGUAAUUUAGCCAAUAUGGCUGCGUCCAUCAAAGACUAUUAUUAUUUUUUUUGAAUUCAUUGUUGACAUUACACAGAUUUAUUUGUAAAAUGUCCUUGAAAGAGUUUGCAAAAUAUCGCUCGAGAGGUUUGGAGGGAAGAAAACAUAGCAGAAGCAAUUCAAGAUCACUCUCGUCUUCCUCGAGUUCGAGUUCCGAAAGGAGACGAAAGCGGACAAAAAAAGCCGYAGGAAAAGAUGGACAUUCGCUAUCGAGACAUGKAAAACAUAAAAGAAAAAAAAGAAAGCGCAAAAGAGACWAUUCAUCAAGUUCUGAUUCCGAUACUUUUCWAAAGCGAAAGAAGAAAUCAAAACACAAACAUGACAGAAAGAAGAAAAAAGAGAAAAAAAGCAAGAAAGAAAAGGAGAAAAGGCUCUCUAAAACAGAGGUUGACUCGCCUAAUCCACCCAAGGAAAAAGAAGCCACUUCCAAGAUGAAAUUCGAAACCACAGAUCCUUCAUUGCAAGACAUCAAAGAACAGCCUAAAAAGAGAUCAAUGGUACCUAUGACAAGAGAGGAAUAUGAAAAACAACARAGUAAAGUUCGCAAGGUUUAUGAUCCAGAUACUGGGAGACACAGGCUAAUUAAAGGAGAUGGUGAGAUCAUAGAGGAGAUUGUCAGUUAUGACAGACACAAAAUGAUUAAUAAGAUGGCAACCAUUGGAGAUGGAGCUUCAUUCCAGGCAAACUUAGCACAAAAACACAAGUUUUCAUGAUGUCAACUUAGUGCUAUGGCYAUCUUAAGUCUUGGAUAUCUGGGAGAGUAUUACCGACAUCAGAAGACAAGGGAUGCAAUGUUAGCUCAUUCAAUCCUGUGGUAUCUGCUGCCCUUCUGUCAAUCUCGAUGUCCAACAUCUAUUGGUAAAGACAACCUGGCAUAUUUGGUGCUUUAGAUGUGUAGUAACUUGCAAGUACUCUUUCACAAUCCAGCAUUGUGUCUCAGAUAGUUAUAAGACCCUUUGCUGCUGACUUAAUUAGCAUGUUGGAUUGUGUGCCAUUCGAUCAAACCAUUCAUCAUCAAUUCAAUGUCUUGAAUAUGGCAUGACUUGCUACUGACACAAGUUGAUGGACAAUAUAUGGCUGUCAUCAACUAUUUGAUGAAGGUCCAAGGCCCAUGUCAAGCAGAACAUUUUCCUACAAACAGCAGACAUUACUUUGAUGCCAUUCAAUGUGGCCACUUGACAGCAUCCACACAKUGCUGUAUUUUUUGCUAUAGCAUUUUUUAUAAAYGUGUGAUACUCACCAUCAAACCAUUAAAUGUCUGAUUCAUAGCUUCYUCA